AUAGUUAUUUUUAAUUAAAAUGUACUACUUGACAAUAAUUUUAAUUUUGUCCAUUAUUUUAAAAAUAACUUUUUAAAUUUAAUAUCAAUAGCUGUUACCCACAUAAACAAAAGUUCUUGGUGCUCUCAAUAAUUUUACAAGUGAAAAGGGGUAUUGUGACCAAAAGAUUGAGACCACUGAUUUAUUCAGGCAGAUCUUAUUCCUCCCUGGGGUUAGGGCCAAACUUCCCAGAUCUCAACCAAGCUUGACUCAAACCUUUUAAAAAUGUAACUGUUAAUGGUAAGGGCACCUGGGCUCAACAGCAGCUAGUUGGACCUCUGAAUGCUUAGGCCAAAGGAAAAGAGGGGAAUUUCAUUGGGCCCUCAAGUUGUCGCUGCGGCAUGCUUCUUCUGCUGCUUCUGGCCUUGAUCUUUCAUCCAGGAUUGGGGAUACGUUCAUGCAAACUGGAAGGCUGGCAUUCCUCCUGCUCUUGUUUUUCAGUGUUAAUACAUCUUCAUCUCUCAUACUGUUUUGGUUUCAAAAUACUCUGAGGAGCCUCCUUGAAAUACCAAACCUGUUUUUCGCCUUUUGAAUAAAUCCCUUCGCUUCACCAAAAGCAAACCAACCAAAAAUCAAAGUACAUUUUUGUGUAACCCAUAUGCCUGUGAUUUCUCCAUCUGAUCUCCUUCUUUUCUCUGGCCUCUUUUCUUCCCCGGAGAAUUUUAGGCUGCCAGGGAACCAGGGAGGAGCCGGCCUGACCCUGACCACGGGUGCAGCAGGCAUAGGUUUUCAUUGCACAUAUUUUGCUGAGUGGGUGUAAGACAUUUUUGCAUAAACUGAGAGUUCAUGAAUGCCAUUUCUUAGUCUUUCUUUUGCCCGCUGUCUUCUGCCCAGGUCCAUUUCUUUGCCCUAAUUUUACAUGUAACUUUCUUCCGGUUGGGUUGUUUGCAUCCACAACUCCCGACGCUUGAACCUCCCGUUCCUAGCGCCUGACCUAAUUCUAGGUGCCGGCUGUUUGAUUAAUUUCUCCACUUUGGCAAACGAACGUGGCUCUUCUGGAAGCUUCACUUUUGCUGCUAGGUUGGGUGCUGGGGUUCAGCGGGGCUCCUAAAAAGUGCUCUAAAGCAACCACGACCCCCUGUACCCACAGAGCUCCGACCCCGACCGCUGCAGGCAUCAGGAGGAGGCGGGGAACAGGGCCUGGACGGGUGAAUCACAGGGCGUAACAGGUGCCGCAGCCGCAGCUGCGCUCGCUGCGCGCGGACUCCAGGGAUAAGGUCUUUUUCUCCGGGUUUUUUUGGAGGUGAGGAGGAGACUCCAGAGGCCCCCACCCGACCAAUGUAGGCCGCGGUUGUUCAUCGCCUAGCAACUGGCGGAGCCAAUGGGAGGCGGCAGGGCCUGCGGCGCCGGCGCGCUGGGGCGGGGUGGGAACCUCAAGAACCUGCGGAGGCCGGGAGGCGGCCGCAAGGGGCGGGGAAGGCGGGAGUCCGUGGCGGAGGAGGAGCCGCCGGCGGGAGGCGCUGUGAGGCGCUGCUGGCCCUCGGGGCUGCGGGAGCCGGGCUAGGACGCCAAGCGGUGACUCCCCGCCGCUCCCGGGGGCCGUGACGGUGAGCGGCGGCGCCUCGCUGCGGGGAUUGUGACGCGUCCCACCAGGCAGUGGGCGGGGGUGGGGUGGGCGCCGGCGCUGGGCGGACGCGCGCGGAGGUGAGAGCCAGUACCUGGCUCAGCGCCCCGCGGCUCGGCGGGAGGCUGCGGGCGGCGGUUGGGGCCGUUGCAGGGUGCGGGUGAGCGUCAACCCGGGCCGCGCCUGGAAGAGGAGGUGGGAGGAGAUGCCUACAUAGAAGAGUGACAGCAGCUGGACUAAAUGUUUCACUGCUGAACUAGUUCCUCAGGUAUCCUGGCUCUAGAGAUUGCUAUGGGAGAUUGGAUGACUGUUACAGAUCCAGGUCUGUCUUCAGAAAGCAAAACUAUCUCUCAACAUACCUCAGAAACAAAGAUGUCUCCAUCAAGUUUAUACUCACAGCAAGUGCUAUGUUCUUCAAUACCUUUAUCAAAAAAUGUGCACAGUUUUUUCAGUGCCUUCUGCACAGAAGAUAAUAUUGAACAGAGUAUUUCAUAUCUUGAUCAGGAAUUGACUACUUUUGGUUUUCCUUCAUUAUAUGAAGAAUCCAAAGGUAAAGAGACAAAGAGAGAAUUAAAUAUAGUAGCUGUUUUAAAUUGUAUGAAUGAGCUGCUUGUGCUUCAGCGGAAGAACCUUCUAGCUCAGGAAAAUGUGGAGACGCAGAAUUUGAAGCUGGGAAGUGAUAUGGACCAUCUACAGAGCUGCUACUCAAAACUUAAGGAACAACUGGAAACCUCCAGGAGGGAAAUGAUUGGGCUUCAGGAGAGAGACAGACAGUUACAGUGUAAGAACAGGAAUUUGCAUCAGUUACUAAAGAAUGAGAAAGAUGAGGUACAAAAAUUACAAAAUAUCAUUGCAAGUCGAGCUACUCAGUAUAAUCAUGAUAUGAAGAGAAAGGAGCGUGAAUAUAAUAAACUGAAGGAACGUCUACAUCAACUUGUUAUGAACAAGAAAGAUAAAAAAAUAGCUAUGGACAUUUUGAAUUAUGUUGGUAGAGCUGAUGGAAAAAGAGGCUCCUGGAGGACUGGUAAAACUGAAGCCAGGAAUGAAGAUGAAAUGUAUAAAAUUCUCUUGAAUGAUUAUGAAUAUCGUCAGAAACAAAUCCUAAUGGAAAAUGCUGAACUUAAGAAGGUUCUUCAGCAGAUGAAAAAGGAAAUGAUUUCUCUUCUUUCUCCCCAAAAGAAGAAACCCAGGGAAAGAGUAGAUGAUAGUACAGGAACUGUUAUCUCUGAUGUUGAAGAAGAUGCCGGGGAACUGAGCAGAGAGAGUAUGUGGGACCUUUCCUGUGAAACUGUGAGAGAGCAGCUUACAAACAGCAUCAGGAAACAGUGGAGAAUUCUGAAAAGUCAUGUAGAAAAACUUGAUAACCAAGUUUCAAAGGUACAUCUGGAAGGUUUUAAUGAUGAAGAUGUAAUCUCACGACAAGACCACGAACAAGAAACUGAAAAACUCGAGUUAGAAAUUCAGCAGUGUAAAGAAAUGAUUAAAACUCAGCAGCAGCUUUUACAGCAGCAGCUGGCUACUGCAUGUGAUGAUGAUACCACCUCACUAUUACGAGACUGUUAUUUGUUGGAAGAAAAGGAACGCCUCAAAGAAGAAUGGUCCCUUUUUAAAGAGCAGAAAAAGAAUUUUGAGAGAGAAAGACGAAGCUUUACAGAAGCCGCAAUUCGCCUGGGAUUGGAGAGAAAGGCAUUUGAAGAAGAAAGAGCCAGUUGGUUAAAGCAGCAGUUUUUAAAUAUGACUACCUUUGACCACCAGAACUCAGAAAAUGUGAAACUUUUCAGUGCCUUCUCAGGAAGUUCUGAUUGGGACAAUCUUACAGUACACUCGAGGCAACCGCAAAAGAAGCCUCACAGUAUGUCUAAUGGGUCUCCAGUCUGCAUGUCUAAACUUACUAAAUCUCUUCCUGCUUCACCUUCCACUUCAGACUUUUGCCAGACACGUUCCUGUAUGUCUGAACAUAGUUCAAUCAAUGUACUGAAUAUAACUCCUGAAGAUAUUAAACCAAAUCAGGUUGGAGGAGAAUGUACAAAUCAGAAAUGGAGUGUGGCAUCAAGACCUGGAUCACAGGAAGGUUGCUAUAGUGGAUGCUCCUUGACCUACACAAAUUCUCAUGUAGAAAAAGAUGACUUACCUUAGACAUGUGGACUGGAAUUUUUUUCAUUAACAUAUUCAUCAAAUCUCACAUCUAAGUUGAAACAGGGUGUGUCAUAAAGUCAAUUAUCUCUAAUAACUUAAGAUGGUCUAAGUCGUUUGUUUGGACUUCCCUGUCUUCCCCCAAAGAGUUGAAAUGUUAAAUCUAUUUAAAAGGAUAUAAAAGCUUUGGAUAUGUAUUUUUAGUAACAGAAGCAUCUGGUUCUGUGAAUAAAGGAAUGUAUAGAUGUUUGGAUGGAAACAAAAGCACUAGAAUGAGUUUCCUCUUAUAGGUAUUAAAAAUAGCACUUUUAGGAAACUGAUUAUUGUAAAUGUUUAAUUUUGUCUCAAAUAUAAUUGGCAUUGGAAGUUUAGCCUUUACUUGAAUGUAUACUGUAGAUUUUUAACAAAGCGAGUUCUAUAUUUAUUAUGUUUAGUGUGAUUUGAAAUUACCUCUUUCAUAUGUUUUAAAUAAAGUGAAAUUUAUGUAUGUUUUGUACAUAGAUAUACAUGAUUAUGUUAAGAGACUUUAAGAUUUUAAAGUUUCACACCUCCAUAAGUAUAGUAUUUCAUGCCGGUAAAAAUAUUUUAGUGAUAUUCUGUUUACAGAUGUAUUAGGACCAUUGAUAUCAUUACAUUUAAGAAUUCUUUUUAAUACAUCUGGGCAAUAAAUGUUUAAAGCUAUUCCAUGAAGUCUUUAGAUAAUCAACACUCCUAACAUUACAUUUUUGAGAUUUUUAUGACAUUAGAUUUUUAUUUUAUAUAUGUAGGAUAUUAUAAUUUUUAAAAGGUCUAUUGAUAGAGGAAUAGGGGCAAGACAAAAGUACCGUUGAAUAGAACAAUUUAAGAAAUUGGUUUAAGAUAUUGGAUAAUAGAAGAUAUUUAAGAUAUCUAUAUGGUGAUAUUUUCCUUAUGAGAUGGUGCCAGUAUAGUAAUAUCUGUACUAACUAGGGCUUUGUAUUUGUUGUCAAUAAUUUUUUUAAUACUUUUUUAAUGAGGUAUUUACCACUAAAGAAAUAUGAUAAUGUAAAACCAUCAAAUUUUAUAAUUGAGAUAUUAUGAUACUCUGGAAAAACGUGCCAUUUCAUUUUCAGAAAACUCCUAGGCUCUCUUCAGUCUCUAAUGUUUCUGAUUGCAUGUUUCUUCAUGAAAAGUAUAUUGUUGUUUUGAUAGUAUAAUAUAAAUAUAGGCUCAGCUCUUCCCCAGGAUUUUCAUCAAAAAGCUUUAAGUGCCUAACCCUGCUUGUCUCUGUACAUAGACGCCUGCACAGAUCCAGUCCUUGCUAAGUAUUGUAGUUUAGGCCCAUUUACCUUCCCCUUUACUAAUAGUUCAGCCACUUACAUGCAGUCACCCUGUUUGUGGCUAUUUUAAAUUCGUAUGAUUAAAAAAAAACCUAUUUGUGUUAUUCAUUCACUAUACGUUAACUAUGUAACUCUUUGGAGUUGCCUAGCAGCAGCCAUUUUUUCAGGGCUGAUAGGAUAUCAUUAAGAGGAUCUUAUGAGACAUUAGUGGAUAUAUUCAUAAUACAGUAACCAUAUUUAUAGUCUCAAGGAGCUGGCUCUUGAGCAUUAGUCACUCACUACCUUUAGCUUGAUGCAUGGUCACUUCUUUGCUAUUUAAAAUACUCUACAUGGUACAAAAUAUCACAGACACUACCAUAUUCUAAAGGAAGAAAUCUAGCUGGGAUGUGUUUAUUUUUUUGCUUUAUGGCAGUAACAUGGUCAAAGAAAGGCAGGCACAAAUUUUAAAUACAGUUAAUGAAUACAUUUGUCAAGAAUUUCCCCCCAGGGUUUUGCAUGGUAUACUUUGUAAGAAGUAAACAUUCUGAUUUUUAAAGUAAAUCUCAUAUUUCAUGACAAUGGAGGUCAUCUGUUUUUUGUUUUCUGUUUCCAUUUUAAAGUGGGUUGAAUUCUCAAACUGGAAAGAAAAGUUCCUUGAAACUUACUUUAAAAUAUAAAGUGUGAAAGAAACAGCAGAAUGAAAGCCAAACUCAUUAUACCCUCGAUGUCUGUAUAGAUCCAGAAGUUGUACAUUUUACUUAACAUUACUUUUGUUGAACAUUCUAAUUCCAAAAUGAUCCCCAGUCACUGUAAUCUCAGAAUGUUGGAAUGAUGUCUUAUUUGAAAACCCCGGACUCCACACAUAAAACUCCUAGGAUUUUGCUUCCCAUCUCUUUCUAGGUAUUUGUGGGCAAUGUACAAAUAAUAUAGCUGUGCUGAUCUCACAUUUAAUCAUGAUAGAUGAUGGUAAUAGAGUGCACUUCAUUUGUAAGUUCUCCUGAUAAGUGUUUUCUUGUUUAUCAGUAAUGUAAAUCUGAAAUAUUUUAUACUUCAUUUGUUUUUACAUGGCAUAUAUCCAUUCUGAAUUUUCAAAGCAUAAAAAUGUCAAAGAAAAAUUGAGAUAAACAUUUUGUUUACUAUUAAAUGUUUGCAUCUGCAGUCUGUAAUAAGAAAAAAAUUAUGACUGAAAUUUAACUUAAAUAGCAUUUUCUUAUAGAAGCAAUGUAUUAAAUGAUUAGAUAUGCAGGACAGUUCACAGCAAAUUGUUUAGCUUGUGGCAUAAUUGAAAUAUUGUUAUUUGGAAAGAGUUUUAUAUUUCCUACCUUAGCUAACCAGAAUUGUUCAUAGGCUUGUGAUAAUAUGGUGUUGUGGGAAAACAUAUUUCAUGUGCAUGAUGAAUUGAGCACUAUGAAUCUCAUCUUGCCUGCCCCUGGUGGAACAUUUGAAAGCCCCUAGGACCCCAGGAGAGAUGUUUUUGCAGCAUGUAUGCCUGGAACACACUGUGAGUUAGCAAAACCCUGCUGUGAUAAUGCUGUUGUACAAAUCUGCAAGUAUAUUGCCUAAUAUAAGUCAUGUUCUUAUUUCUAGAUUGGCUUUAAAGUAAGUAUGGAUUGUGGAAGUCUAGUAAAUAUACUAUUCCCUGUGUUUGUCCAUUUUCAGUCUUUUGACAGGCAUUUAUGAAGUACCUUCUGUAUGUACAGGCUUACUACUACUUUCCCAUCCUUGGAGGUAUGAAGACAGAUAAGCACACUGCCUGCUAUUGAGAAUCUGAACUAAGUGGAAGACCAGCUACAUUGUAAUAAACAAUGGUAGAUGCUACUGACACAUUCAGUCUGUUCAUAAAACAUGGACUGGUGGGUCUGCUCCAGGGCCACAUCCCUUUCCUAACAGUAACAUGGCUAGCAUUCCAUUUAUAAGUCUUAGCAUUAUUUCCUAUAUGAAGUGCUAUGUAAUAGAUGAUUGUUUUGCUAGAUUUUGUUUUCUACAGUCAAAAUGUUGACUUGCAAAGGAUCAUAGGAUUUUCUCUCCACAAGAACAUGUAUUAUCAUGUAGUAGAAAAAGCAUUCUCUUGAACUCCUGACCUCAGGUGAUCCACCCACCUCAGCCUCCCAAAGUGCUAGGAUUACAGGUGUGAGCCACCGUGCCCAGCCUUGAAAAAGCAUUCUCAAAAAUUUGAGAUAAGGCCAUGCAGAUAAGAAUGAAAUCAGUCACUCUAGUCCUUUUGCUAAAUGUAGUGUUUUUCAAGCUGGAUGUAAAUUAGAAUGGGUGGAUAUUGAUUAAAUUAUUUAGUUUAUAUAAAAUUGAAUGACUGGUUGAGGGUUUUUGAACAUUUACAAAUAAUGGAUUGCUGAGGUCUUAGAAGUACUGUAAUGUCAGUGACAUACGAAGCUCCUUGAUAAAGAUCCACCUCAAUAUUCAUAUGUUAAGCUUCAGAAGUACAUGUACCUAGUAUAAUGCUUAAUAGCACAGAAUAUUUGUUGAUGAGAAAUACGCUGAUGAAACAUAUUUCUUUACUGGAAUGAAUGGGCUAUAAAUUUGAGGUUAGAAUCCUUAACUCCUUAUCAAGAGGGUGGGAACCUUGUUAUGAUUCUUUAUGCAUGUGUAUUUCCAACCCUAUCUCAAAUCCUUGCAUAUAGAGUAUCAUGAUUAAGUAGGUUAUGCCACAGUUAACAAACAUUAAAUCAGUGUGGCUUAAUACAAAAAUUUAUGUCCAUUGCGGACUGGGCAAUCCUCCAUUUUUAGCUGUGCCAUCUGGAACACAUGGUCUCCAACAUUGCCAAAUCAGAGAGGAGCAGACUAGCAGAUGGUGUAGAGUAUUUUUAAGAACGAGACCUGAAAGAGACAUGCCUUCCACCUACAGCUUCACCGCAAACGAGAUUGGAAGGUAUAGAACAUGUAGCUAUUUGGUGAGCACGGUGAGCACUUAUAAUCUGCUACUGAAUGUACUUGAUGCUAGAUAUUUCAUCCGUGCAUAUUACUCUGCAAGGGGUUUAUUGCUGAUUAUUAAAGCAAAAAUUCUUAAUUUUUGCAAGGAAUGUAUUCUAAAUCUUCUCUUACACUUUCUAGCCUUUUAAUAAUACAAGUUUCUGAAUGUUCAAAUGGUAGUUCUACUCAUUUAGUUAUUAAAGUAUCUUACAGUGCACUGAACACUUAUUUUUCAACUGUCAGAGAAUCUUAACCUUCUUAUUUUUAGUGAGUUGAUAACAGAUUCAGGUGUUAACUGAUGAACCCAAGGUCACAUAACUGCUAUUAAGUGAUAAGACUUUAACCCAUAUGUGAGGUUUGCUAAGUUUCCACCUUUUCCCACACUGCUGCAAUGCCUGCUUGUAGAGCUUUUUAAAUGAAAUUCUUUACCCAUUAGCUGCCACGUAUAAUCUACAUCAAAAGUAGUGAUCAUUUGGUCCAUGUGCAAGACUUGGCCUCAUUUUUUUUUGUGAUUGGUUACCAUGGCCAGUCUAUUCAGGGUUCCACCACUACCUAUUUGCAAUUAAGGUAUUAAGAGUUUUAUUGAAAUAGCUAAUUUAGUAGUUUGUGAUACUCUAAAGGCCAUUGAGUAAUCUGAAGUUACGUCUAGAGCACCUACAAUUUGUAUGUGUGUGUGGUGACAGUGUCACCCAGGCUGGAGUGUAGUGGUGCGAUCUUGGCCUCACUACUGCCUUGAUCCAGGCUCAAGCACUCCUCCCACCUCAGGCUUCCAAGUAGCUGGGACUACAGGUGUGCGCCACCAUGCCUGGCUGGUUUUUUGUAUUUUUUGUAAAGAUGGGGUCUCACCAUGUUGGACAGGCUGAUCUCAAACUCCCAAGCUCAAAUGAUCCUCCCAUCUUGGUCUCCCAAAGUGUUGGGAUUACAGGCGUGAGCCACCGCCUCUGACCAGCUUGUAUUUUUUUACCCUGCCUUUUUGUUCACUCUUGGCAGUGUGUGUACCGUGUCCCACUGUGGCUACAGUCACAAUGACCAGAAAUACUUCAUUUUGUCCAAAAGGUUCAGUAAACUUCUGGAAACAUUUUAUUAUGAAAAAUACAGUAGUGGAACAUGUGAAUAUUUUUACUCAAUUUUAGAAGGAAAACAGCUGAUGUAGGGCAGCUGGAUAUUUUCCAGUUUCCCUGUUGCAUCUGCAUUUAGAUAGAUUUUCUUGUUUCUGGUCCGUUGUGACAGUCUCAUUCCUGUUUACAGUGUUCCAUUAAAACAAACCAUACCCAGCCUGCGCUGACUCAAGCCUGUAAUCUCAGCACUGUGGGAGGCCGAGGGGGUGGAUCACUUGAGGUCAGGAGUUCAAGACCAGCCUGACCAACAUGGUGAAACCCUGUCUCUACUAAAAUUAUAAAAAAUAGCCAGGUGUGGUGGCACACACUUGUAACCCUAGCUACUCAGGAGGCUGGGGCAGGAGAAUUGUUCCAACCCAGGAGACAGAGGUUGCUGUGAGCCAAGAUGCUGCAACUGCACUUCAGCCUGUGUGACAAAGUGAGACUCCAUCUAAAAAGGAAAAAAGGAAACGUUUGCUUAUUCUCUAGAAUCCUAAAACAACUAGAACCUACCCUCUAUUCUGGCUUUUUGGAUCUGAUUCCAUUAUAUAUGGUGUCUAAACCAAGGUGGUCAGUUGUUCAUCCCAGCCAGGCAUAAGGUCAGAUAGCUGAGUUCCCUGGGUUUAGACUCUGUUAGUGCUUAGCCAUGACGACUGUGGCUGGUUUUGUUAACCUGUAAGUAUAGUUCUUACUUGCCUAUAAUGUGCUGUAAUUUAUUUACCCUACCUUGAGAUUUUUUUCUUCUGUAAUUCUCAGCCCAGAACUAUUAUUUCAAACUAAACUUGUAUUUCACAUUUUUAAUUAGUGAAGAGGCUCAAUGAAAUGCAAUUUUCAAAUAGUCAUCCAAGAGUAUCAAGCUUUUGUGGAGUAUCGAUUUAAUUUCUAACCACUUUUAGUCUUUCUUAUCUUGAAAAUCUCUUUUACCUGGAUAACUAGUUGAUUUGGUUUUCUAGUUUUUUCCUCUUAGGCAAAGAGGUAUUAAAUAAUAUGGAAAAUCUCUAUAAAUUCAAUCUCAGUGAAAUUAAACUUUUUCAAACAAAUAGUUUUUCAGAUUCUUUGUAAAUGCCCCAGAGAAAACUUGAAAUCCAAUAGCAAGCUGCACAAAGCCUUGGCACUUACGUUCUAAAGAAGCCAUUUUUAUCUUAAACCAUGAAACAUUUUAACUGGAAUUUUAAAAAUUACAUCGCCCUUUUAUUUCUGAAGCACUUGUCUUCGUUUUUGUCAAGGGCAAAGAUCUGAGAAAACAACUCGUAAAUGCUUUUUGUUGUUGUUACUGAGACAGUCUCACUCUGUAGCCCAGGCUGGAGGGUGGGGGCGUGAUCUCAGCUCACUGCAGCCUCUGCCUGCUGAGUUCAAUCAAUUCUGCUUCAGCCUCCCAAGUAGCUAGGAUUUCAUGCAUGCACCACCGUGCCCAGCUAAUUUUUGUAUUUUUAGUAGAGACAGGGUUUCUCCAUGUUGGCCAGGCUGGUCUCAAAAUCUUGACCUCAAGUGAUCCGCCUGCAUCAGCCUCUCAAAGUGCUGGGAUUACAGGCAUGAGCCAUUUUAGCUGGCCUCAUAAAUGCUUUUAACUGAAAUUCUUUGAUAAGGAACAAAAAGACUAUGAUAAAUCUCAGAGGCAGAGUUGGCCUUGGCAUUGAGGGCCAGAAAGGGUGUACAUUGGAGACAGUUGCUUGUGGUGUGGUUUCCCAAAAUCUGGAGGUGCACAUUGCUGCUGACUCAACAGUCUGUUUCUCUGGACUUGAUAGCCCUCUGUUUCCAUACCCCCAAGCACUGUAUAAUGGGUUCGCUAAUUAUAGCUGAAGUGAUUAUAAAUUGUUACCCAAAUGAGAAGCUUUUGAUAGUGAAAGGAGGAGCUAUUAAUGAUUAGGCCUGUCCCACAGUGUAAACCGGGUCAAAUGGUCAUCCUGUGCAUAGUGGAAGGCCCUAUCGAAGUAAGCAGAACUCUGACUUGAGUUUUGGUUGUUGAACCUUAAACCAAAAAUAAAAUCAUAAGCCCCCUUCCCCAACUAUUGGGCCCUUUCUCUCAGCCAAGGGCUUUCCAAAGGUAACCUGAAAAACUAGUUCAUGAUGGGAAGGAGGGGUCAGACAUUCCUGAUUAUACCGUCUUCCUCUACAAUCUAUGCUCCCUGAAGGCUGUUACCUAGAGGCUGUAUGAUAAAACUUUAGUUUCCAUAGCCUCUAACCAUCAUAACCCAUACACUCCUUUGUACUGAUUCCAGCUCUUUAGAUAACUCAUUCAACCAAUUGCCAAUCAGAAGAUUUUUAAAUCUACCUAUAACCCAGAAGCCUCUGCUUCAAGUUGUCUCACCUUUGCAGUAAACCAUUGUACAUCUUGCAGGUAUUGAUUGAUGUAUUAUGUCUUCCUAAAAAGUGUCAAAGGAAGCCACACCAGACCACUUUGGGCACAUGUCAUCAGGACCUCCUGAGGCUAUGUCAUGGGCCUGUCCUUAACUUUGCCAAAAUAAACUUUCUAAAUCAA